AUGACGACGUUGUUGACCCCCCGCGAAACUCAUUCGCCCUUCUCGGAUCCGUUACGGUGUCCAACUGGUCCCACCGCGCAACGAUAUUUCUUAGAAGAUCACGUCAUCACCAGAAAACCAAUGCAAGAUGACUACCACGCGAGGGACUCCUCCCCAGUCGCAUCAAAUCUGUCCUCGGAGCUCCCUUGUCCGAAUUACACUCUGAACCCCGAUCAACUCGCCUACGCGCCUACUCUAGACAGCCUGGCACCGGAAAACGAACUCAUUCUACCCUCCUACGACCCAGAAUCCCUUCACAAUACCGAAGAACCAGAGGAUGUAAGCGACGCGUCGACGGAAUCACACCCACAUGCGUGGACGUUACAGCCUCCUUCGGCAGAUGACACCUUAAUUGAGGAUGAGCCCUCCAGGCACGUGGACUACCUUUCACAUGACUGGAAGGAGGAGGAUAUCUGGUCCUCCUGGCGGUAUGUGACAAGUCGGAGGAACGAUUAUAGUAAUGGAGUGAGAUUGGAGAAUGCCUCUUGGAGGACAUGGGCCAAGGCCAAGCACAACCUGAAGACGAUAUCGCCGGAAAGCCUCAAUUGGCUGAAGGACUGCGAUGUCACCUGGCUCUACGGCCCAUUAAAAAGUUCGGUCGAACGUGCAACCUCUCCAUCUCCUCCUCCAAGUCGCUUGGAGACACCAAACUCUUAUCUAGACCGGAAGCCAAUCCUGAAGAAGAAGACCGCGUCUGAGGCCAUCCUCCAACGGUCCCUCUCUCAACAUACAUUACUCCAACAUGCCGGUGCCAUUCUCAAGGCUCAAGAAGCCGAGAACAACUGGGCUCGACCCCCAUUCCCAAGGUCCAACACAGACUUGGAUCACUUGCAUCACCGCACUGGAAGCUCGACCUACUCUCUCGGUGGCACCCUCACUACCUCAUCAUCAUCCGGAAUGACAUCUCCAAGCGAACAGCGCCAUAUUCACUUCAAUGAUGAAGUCGUACAAUGCAUCGCGGUCGAAGCCAAGGGUUACGAGGACGAUUGGCCGGCCACUUUUGAAGAGUCGUCUUCUGACGACGGUCACCCCACGCAACAGCUUCACUGGCGAUGGGAAAACCAUCGCCCCCUCCCCUCAACCACACUUAAGUAUCGCGGGGAUCCCCCCGAGUCCGACGCUCAGACGAUCCUUGACCGAUGGUCCACUCCUGCCCCCACCCGGACGGUAUCACCAACUCCCUCGGUGGAGACCCUACGUCCGUCACGGCCAUCGGAGCCCUCGGCCAACUUCCUUUUGGAUGAAUGUGAAGAUCCCAGCUUGGACUUCACGGGAAAUUAUCCCGAUCGUGAUCGUGCAUGGUUCAUGGAAGAUGAUCCAGCAUCAGAUCGCCCGAUCCGAUUGACUGCUUCGGGCAUGAUCAUGCCGGAAGGAGAGACCGAGACCCCCAGCAGUAGCAUCUUGGACCGGGUUGUGGACACUGUGAACACAGCCCGAGACAUUGCCCAUGUGAUUUGGAAUGUGGGCUGGCGCCGCUAA